GUCAGAAGAUUCAGUAGGAGGAAAAAAUUCGCGUAAGGACGAUCAGUUUCGGGUAAAAUCUGUGAAAAUUAUCCAACCCGAUGUGUUAAUUACCAAAAAUUGAGUGCAGCUGCUCCAAUACAAAGGGGAAUUAAAGUAUAAUUGUGGAAAAAAGUUAGUUUCCCCUAGUUUUGUGCAUCGCGAUGUAAAGUAUCGGAAAAAUUGCUACCGAAUGAGCCAGGAUAAGAAGGCAAAAUUGCACUCUACGCUGGAAAAAUAAUCGAUAAUUUUACUCUGCGUGACCUAUUAGCACAUCCUGCUGAGAGGCCAAAGAAUAAUCCUAGUGAAAACUUAAAUAAUCUUAUUUGCCACACAAAAACAAGAUCGAAAGUUUCGUCGGUUGGUCGAUCAGAUCGACGCGGAAGAGAAGAAAGUGAAAAGGGAAAACACCCACUUUGCAGCGCUGAUCGAGCGAAGAGUGAAAUCAUACUUUUGAUAACAAGCGAAGACAGUCUUAUCGAAUUUUUAGCUGGUGCAGAGCUACGGCAGGAGCGGAAAUCCACCGGACAUGAAUGCUGCGGAGCCGUUCGUGAUCACAUCCCGCGAGAGGGCCAAGUAUGGCGAGCAGUUCAAGUCGCUGCAACCGGUUAACGGAAUUGUGACCGGGGCGCAAGCCAAGGGCUUCUUUCUCCAGAGUCAGUUGCCACCAUUGAUACUGGGGCAGAUAUGGGCUCUAGCGGACACAGAUUCAGACGGCAAGAUGACAUUGGGAGAAUUCAGCAUCGCUUGCAAGUUGAUUAAUUUGAAGCUACGGGGUUUCGAAAUACCAAAAACCCUUCCACCGACGAUGAUUGCCUCCCUGACCGCCGUAGGAGGCACACCGACAUUGACCCCAACAUCCGGUCUUAGUCCGUUGGAUCCUAUGAAAUCUCUGGCAAACUCAAUUCAACCGAAUAUGCCGCCAGCAGUUCCACCACAGCCAGCUAUGGUUCCUCACGUUGUUCCACAUGCCAUCGUUCCUCCUAUGAUGAACAACCAAAUGGCCGGCAUGGUUCAGCAACCGCUGAUUUCCGGAGUACCUGUCAAACCAGCCAUCCCACCGCAGCCCUUGAUUGCUGCCACUCAACCUCCACUGAUUCCCAUGCAACCAAUGCUCCCACAAACAGGCACAAUGCCACCAAUGGCAGGAUCAAAUCCUCCUAUGAUGCCGCCCCAACCACAGCAACCACUUAUCGCCGGUCUCGGAGGAAUGCCAGCAUAUCAAACGACACCGGCACCGGUCGCUGGCGUUGGUAUUGUAAAGCCAUUGAUCGAUCCGAUCGGAGGCAUCGCCAGUCCGCCACUAGUUCCCGGAGUCCAACCAGUGAUGCCAAUGCAGUCAGUUCCAGCCGCUGUUCCUGCGCCUCCUACUCCACCACAGUCAGGUGGUGGAACUCCGCAGCGGUCCAUGUCGAUUUCCGAACGUGCACCAUCAAUUGAAUCUCCUCAAAUCGAAUGGGCCAUCAAAGGGCCAGCCAAACUCAAAUACACCCAACUCUUCAACACGACUGAUCGCAACCGUAGCGGUCACCUGACAGGGCCGCAGGCGCGCAACAUCAUGGUCCAAACGAAGCUUCCCCAGGCGUCGUUGGCGCAAAUUUGGGCCCUGGCCGAUAUGGAUUCCGACGGUCGUCUGGGUUGCGAAGAGUUCGUUCUUGCCAUGUAUUUGUGCGAUCUGGCGCUGCAGGGCGAGAAGGUACCGACCACCUUGCCGCCGGAGUUGAUUCCACCUUCCUUCCGUAAAACCACUUCCCGCCAUGGUUCGGUGGUCAACUCGCGGCAUGGUUCGGUAUCAUCGCAGGGGGCGCCGGUGCACGCCGCUGUCGUAGAUGCUGAUCCCAUGUCUGGACUGCCACAAUCAUCAUUCGAGGAUAAACGUAAAGAAAACUUUGACAAAGGACAAGCUGAGCUCGAUAGAAGGCGUAAGGCUUUGAUGGACAUCCAGAAAAAAGAACAAGAAGAACGUGAGCGCAAGGAACGUGAAGAGCAGGAAAAGAUACGAAAGGCAAAAAUGGAAGCUGAACUUAAGAAGCAACAGGAACUUGAAAAGGAACUGCAACGUCAGCGAGAACUCGAACAAGAGCGUGAAGAACAGCGAAAGCGUGAACUGGAAAAGAAGGAACUAGCCAGAAAAGAGUUGGAAAAGCAACGUCAACUUGAGUGGGAGGCUCAAAAGAUUUCCGAAAUGCAGCAGCAACGCCAACGUGAGCAAGAGAAUGUAUUAAAGCUCAAAGCGCAAAACCAAUCGUUGAGUGUGGAGCUGAGUACAUUCAACGAAAAAAUAAAAGAGCUGUCUCAGAAGAUUUGUGACACGCGUGUGGGUGUGACUAAUGUGAAAAGUACCAUCGACGGGAUGCGUACUACUCGCGAUACUCAGAUGAGCGACAUGGCCCAGCUGAAGGCCAAGGUGAAAGAUCAAAAUCAGCGAUUGGUUCAGCUCAGCCAAGAGAAGACAAAGUUGGAUUCAAAGAACAAAACUGGUGAAACCGAAAGUCAGCUGCAGUUCUCGAACAAACAAAUAAUCAUACAGCAGUUGAAGGACAAAUUGGAGAAUACGAAGCAACAAAUUGAAAACAAAUCAACAGACAUAGACAUCAACAGUAAACAGCUGACAGAAUUGAAAUCUCAACUGACCGAUUUGAUUGAUUCAUGUGAGAAACUUUACAUGGAAUAUGACAUGCAGAGGAUCCAGAUUCUGGAAAUGAAAAAUAACCGCAAAAACGAAUCGUACACCAGUGCGUGGGAUACGGCCAACUCGUGGCCAGUGCAUGAUACCAGUGCGGCAGCAGUCGUGGAAACAGUGGUACCUAGUGAGGAUAUCAAGACGCCACCGGGUUACGUCAAAUAUCGCGCCAUCUAUGAGUUCAGCGCACGCAACGCGGACGAAAUUACAUUCCAACCUGGCGAUAUUGUGAUGGUACCAUUAGAGCAAAACGCAGAACCGGGAUGGCUAGCGGGAGAAAUCCAUGGGCACACCGGAUGGUUUCCUGAAUCGUACGUGGAAAAGGUCGACAGUAAUCUGAACACUGUGGUACCAUCGGAACCGGAAGCUAUACCCUACACGGAACCGGCCGCACCUGCCUAUACUGCCUCAACCGUCAGCAAUGAAGUAGAAGGUACAUCAGUAGAAGCGACAAGAAUAGAUAGUUCCGACAGUAACACGGGUUAUAAUAAUAAUGUUGUUGAUGAAAAAUUUACAGCGACUUACAAUGGUGACGUUGAUUAUUACGUGGCUUGUUAUGCGUAUCAGUCAGCUGAAAUUGGCGAUUUGGUUUUCGACGCGGGCGAAAUUGUGGCCGUCACUAAAAAAGAAGGUGACUGGUGGACUGGUAACAUUGGCAAUCGCACUGGAAUCUUUCCUUCGAAUUAUGUACAAAAGCAGGAAACUGUAAGUACUGCCCUAGAGACCAGUAGUGAGCCUAGUGUUAUAGAACCAGAAAAACAAGAAAUCAUCAACGGCAAUCAGCAGCAACAAAUCACUCAGCAGGACUCGGAAAUCAAUCGGAAACAAUCGACACAAGACGCAGAGGAUGCCCGAAAUCAGGCGGAAGCCGACUCGGAAGUAUCGCAAAUUAAUACUCAACCACCGCCGGCACCAGCAGCAAACGAAGAGAACAUCCGGUACUCGUCGAUGUCGUCGGCCACUCCCAGUUUGCGGAAGAAGGGCGAAGUCGCACAAGUCAUUGCUCCGUACGAGGCUACCAGUUCGGAACAGUUGUCACUAACCCGGGGACAGCUUAUCAUGAUUAGGAAGAAGACUGACUCUGGAUGGUGGGAAGGCGAACUGCAGGCUAAAGGACGACGACGACAAAUUGGCUGGUUCCCGGCAACGUACGUAAAGAUCCUACAGGGUGGACGCAACAGUGGUCGAAACACACCAGUAUCUGCCAGCAAAGUGGAGCUGACUGAAACGAUUCUGGACAAAGUAAUAGCCCUGUACCCGUACAAAGCGCUGAACGACGAUGAGCUUUCGUUCGAAAAGGACGAUAUUAUUAGCGUGAUGGGGCGAGACGAACCCGAAUGGUGGCGCGGGGAACUGAACGGUACAACGGGUCUGUUCCCCAGCAACUACGUUGGUCCCUUUGUGUCAUCAGGCAAUGUAUAACGAGAAUCGAGGAUGUCCACCGUAUCGUAUGGUUUGAGAAACAUAUUCCGCAGCAUUCCAGCAGGAGAGGAUAGCAUCAAUAAUAAUAAUAAUAACUAUUACAAUAGCGACAACAACAAUAAUCAGCCGAUGUUAUUGACUCAAGUUAGGUUCCGAAAUUGAGAGAAAAAAACCAAAAGUCAGAUCAUAAAACUAUGUAUAUGUAUGUGUAUUAUUAUAACUCACGAAAAUAGUAUGUAUUUAAAACUAAAGGAAAUUCAACACCCCUUGCCUGGUGUUUCUUAGAAAUCGAAGGUACGGCGCGAUAUCAAUGUAACCCAACCAAACACGCUACUGACAAAAAAAAAGCAAUCUGUGAGCAGCUACACGUCUUCUAAUUACUGAUAAUUUGGCGAAGUUAAAUUCAAGCGAAUUUAUGUUCUGCUUCACGAAAUCGACCAAAUUCAAACCGAACGAACGACCAAGAGUUGCUUUCGAUUAUUCGUAACUGUUUCUCUAUUAGCCUAUCAUAUCGACUGCAAGCGUACUGAUAAUUCACCUGUUCGUUGUUAAUCUAAAAAUGUUAUGUAUUUAUUAAUCAAAAAAUGUAGAUCGUUUCCAAUCAUAUCGAUAUACCAAACCAUUAGAAAAGCCCUUUGACUAUGUUUGAACGCGCUAAAACCAGCUGAAUGUUGGAAGGAAAUCAUUAAUUGGUCAUUAGGAUUAUGUACCCAAAAAAGCUAAAUAAUCAAUCAGCUUUAUUAAAGCUUGCUGUUCUUCGAGAAAGGGUUAUCAUCAAUAUUAGUAUGGUAAGUGUUUGGUAGCUUCAAAUUUUAUUAUUGUUACGUUCUCUCUAAUCUGAAGAAUCUAUAUUGUGUCUUUUAAUCACGUGGUAUGAUUACGCUCAAAACUUGUACAUAUUUAGAUCUUUGGGUUUGGUUUUCACAAACAGGAUUAAUUUGUCAUUGGACCAUUAGUCUAUUUUGCAAAUUAUUAUAAGUUUUACAACUUACAAUACUUGAGUACAAACAAAUAUUGAUUUUAUAAAUCUGAUGACAUACUAUACAAUUAAUAGCUGAUGCCACCGCAAAACAAGGAACAGUGCUCUAUCGGAGUAGUUUUAAGAGUAUUACUGAUUAUUACGUUAAUGUGUGGAAAUAUAUUAGAGGCUUAUACAUUAAAGGAAGCAAAAACCACGAAUGAGUUCUUAGAAUGCUUAAAGAAUACUACCAACAAACAAUAGCUGUAUUCCGGAAUCGAAUCAAUUAUGGUAACGUGUAAACAAGACAUAACGUACAGAAUCAACGGAAAAGCUAUGUUAAACAGAAUGGGAUAUUAAUUGAAGCUAUGAAAAUAAAAUCAAGUUAAUUCUCCACAGCA